AUGAAACAGUUUCAUUUUAUAGAGCAUAUUGCAAUCUCUCCAGAGUUCAGAGGUGAAAAGAUAGGACAACAAGUAAUUGAACAUUUAUUCAAAACAAUUGGUGGUUUGUGGAUUCUUGAAGUUGAACCAACUGAAGAUGAAGUUCAUCAUCGGUUAAGAAAAUGGUAUUAUCGCAAUGGAUUUUCAAUUAUAGAUAAAAAUUAUAAACAACCAUCAUACUCAUUUGGAGGACAAUCAAUCCCCCUAUGGAUUAUGGCAACACAACCCCUUUCAAACAAGGUUUUGUCAACCUUUAUUUCUGUACUCAAACAUAAUGUAUAUGAAGCUCAUUAUAGCUUGAACCGUUUCUAG